ACGGUUCAGAUCAACUUGGAGACAAAGUGACGAGGAUCUGUCAACUACGACUGUGCUUCGGUGUGAAGUUGGGACAGUUUGUGCAGUUUCAAGGAGUGAAGGGGGAAACGAAAGUCUAGCAAAGGCUACUUGUAGAAGUAGUUGAUGACAGUCUGAGUCAAACACUGUGCUGCAGUCACAAUCCACACAGCCAUGGAGGGGGGAUUUCCCUGUCGGACAUCACUCUGGGGACAGAAGCCUUUGCUGUGGUUUAUCUCUGUCCUCUUUUCCACAGCUGGAGGUGAGAUGUCCCACGCCCACUCCACACUGAGCGUUUCAGCCCCCCACCUGUACUACACCUGUCCAGAGGGUGCAACUGUCAAACUGGUGUGUAGCCAGAGAGGUGCUGCCCUGCACCCCGCUGAUGUCUUGAAGCACAGCUGGCUUUUCACACCCCACAGUGACCAGCACUGCACGGGACGGAUGGGACCGCGCCACAUUACCUUCAGCAAUAGUCAUUCCCAUGGCAACCACAGCCUGCCGCCAGGGUUGCAGUUUGGAUCUGCAGAGCUGAAUUUCUGGGUGGUUCUGCAGAACGUGACUCAUGCUGAUCAGGGUCGCUACUGCUGCAUGCUCCUAGACUUCCAGGUGGAACAUAAGCACAGUUCCCUCGUGCAGAGACCCCACAGCCACAUUGUUCUCCAGGUUACACCAAGGAGAAAUGGAUCUCAAGAUUGCACCGUCUGGGAUCCCGCGCCACCUGAAGGCUCUGUGCCAGUGGCCUUGGCUGUAGCAGCCUGCAUCCUGGCUCUCCUUUCCCUGCCUCUCAUUCUGGUGCUUGUGUACAAACAGAGGCAGAACGUCCAGUCGAGCAGACGUGCACAAGAGCUGGUGAGAAUGGACAGUGAGGCUCUCGGCCAUGAGAACCCCGUGUUUCUUGGGGGAUCACCACAGGUUAAGACCCGCACCGUGUCUCAGAUCAUGACCAGGCAAUCCUCGGAAACAGGGCGCCACCUGUUGUCUGAGCCAGGAACGCCCCUCUCUCCUCCUGCUCAUGGGGAGGUAUUCUUCCCAAUUGAAGACAGCAUCCUUGAGUCUCCAGAGUUCCUGCAGGUUUAAAGGGGGUUGAAACCUCAUUCAUUGCUCUAACUGCUCAUCUGGAGACAGUCCUGCAACUCUCUUCCUCUUCUGUCUGCCUACAGAGCGAUGUUGCCCUUACAAGCUGUCUCACAAUAACCUCUGCUGGGACUGUCGUCUGUACAUUGUCUGGACCGCAGGAGGGAACAGACUUUUUUAUUUUGUCAAAAACUAUUUCCACCUGCAUCAACAGCUGGAGGCCAAAAGCAAACUUAUGCUUGUGAGCACUUGUGUUUGGGGGGGGUGGGUAUGUGUGGGACCUUCCAGUGGUUCGUGGACCAACAGGUGCUUGAUGCUUGAAGUAAGUGUUGAGGGCGGGGGUCCUGCCAUGUAGAGGGGUAAAAACAGUUUCUGUGGCCUCGCAGGCUGCUUUCACACCUAGCACGUGUGCGGCAGUUCAAACAAACAGAAUCAGGAAGUGAAAAGGGGUUUAAACCUCGGUGUGUGUUGCUUGCAUCCUAUUCUGUAUAAGUUGGCAGUUCAAAGUGUAGCAGCCACGCUGACAACAACAAGUCCCAAUACAAGACCCCUUGUUUGUGUUCAGUUUCCUGCCAUUGUGUUAGUAUUUAUGACAGAAGUGAUACAUAUUACUGGAGUAAACUGGGUUGUGGUUUUUCCUUCUUCAUGUAGCGCUGACGAAGCAUGAGAAUAACCAACACUGUCCAGUGAACUAGUUAUCUGUCAGUCCAUGUGACACCACGUUCUCAUCUAACUUCACUUAGAAUUGGUGUAAAGGUGGUGGGAACUCAGAAUGGACUGGAACUAAAAGACAACAAACAGAGACUCGUUAUUUUUUAACCGAACCACAGGUGUGAAGGCGCCCUAAGGCUCUCUCUCAUCCCUGUCAUUGUAAUAAAGUGCUCAAAUAGCUUCAUACCAAAGAGGCUCAACCAUCAACGACGUCCCAACAUUCUUGUACAAGUGGACAGUAAUUUGUUUUUAAUGACAUUACACUGUGUUUCCACUUGGCCUUCAUUUCUCUUCUCGCUUUCCUACCUCAGUUACUGUCAGCUCUGUUGCUCUGUGAUUCGCUCCUCCCCACUGUUCUCUCAGAUAGCAGCACUUCACAGUGGCCUUACAUUUAUGCAGGAAGUGCUGAAAAGCACAGUAAGUAUUUAGAAAAAACUUCUUUUUGGUGAUAGUUGUUGCCAUUCAUGCUCACAUACACUUUAAUAAUUCAGAAUAAAAUGUUUUAUUGAUUGUAGCCUGAUUCUUAAUUGAAAAAAAAUCACCAUAACUGCCAGCAGUUCGCUGCCAUCUCAAUGUUGUUUGUGUUCAUUUUUUUUUUAUGUGUCUUGAUGGAACUGUUGGGAUUUGUAUAUUAAAGUUCAUUUGUAUUUUUGUGCGUGCAAUGGGAAGUUAAUACGUAAAUACUGUUAAGCACGGGUGUGGAGGCAUGGCAUUGAAAUGUUAACCAAAUCAUAUCAAGGUAGAAGAAGUGAUGCAAUGAUAUUGUUACAUAGUCUGUGUUUGAGUGUGAUUGUGAGAAACCGCGGGUGGUUCUUUCAUAUCGAGGUGAAGUGUGUGCAGCAGGUGCUCAGCGGAAAUGAUCUUCAAAUGAUGUGUAGCAGGUGUGUAGGACAGGGUAUUAUGUACAGCAGGUAUGUUGUUAUUUUUAAAGAUUUAAAUAGUUUGAUAAGUAGUCAAACCGAAACCACAUGAUUGAGUAUUUGUGUUUUGUGUGUUUGUGUGUUUGUGUUUGUUUGUUUGUGUGUGUGUGUGUGUGUGUGUGUGUGUGUGUGUGUGUGUGGUUAUAGUUUCAAGUUUGUGGUCUGGCGCCAGUGUUUGUGCACUUGCAUAUAAGUUUGUAUCUGUUUGUGUUUUGUGUUUUGUACUGUACAAAGCUUGUAUUAAACAGACACAGAGCAAUGCU